GCCCACGAUCAAAUCAGGGCCAUGUUGGACCAGUUAAUGGGGACUGGGCGAAACGGUGAAAACAACAAGUUCCAGGUGAAGUUCUCGGACAGUAAAGUAUGCAAGAGUUUUCUCCUGGGUUGCUGCCCACACGAAAUUCUCUGCUCCACGGUGAGUAUUCUGUGUUCUGAUUCGUGUGUUGGGGUGUUUUUGUCACAGGAGAAAAUCAUAGAAGUAAUGCCAAAAAUUUUACUGUGCACUACUUUUCAUUUCUCACGACUUUUCUGCAGUGCUUGCAGGGAUGUGGGUUGAGUUGUCUUGAUGGUCACACAAUUCACAUGAAUCUGUGUACGUAUUUAAAGUGAAGGUGCGCAGACCAGAGCCAAAAUGCCUUUAUUUUCAAUCGAUGAUCUGGAAAAUUGGCUGUUGAAAUGAUUUAAAAACCGGCAUUUGGCUUCGUCUGCGCGCCACGCAUUGGCAAUUUUUGAAAAAUGGCACAAGAAAGAAAUUCCUCACAGUGGUGCGUAUCCAGCAGAUACUCAAUUUUCUACUUCUUAUCUUAUUUGAAGAAGAGCUGUUCGGUGAUAGAACGCUUUUUGACCAAUUGAACAAAAAUAUUUCUUUGUGUGCUGUCAGCUGGGUGAGUUUUUCUUUUCAAUGUAUUGUUUUAUAGGGGUUUGUUGAAAAUUUUGGUUUGGUAAGUACCACGUCACUAUCCCAAAGACAAACGACCCUCACGAAAGCAAACGAACUCCCCUAAUCUCCCAAAUCGGUUUAAGAGAGCACUUUGGUAAGUAACACAUAAUAACGAAACGACACAAUGAGCCAAUGAAUGUAAAGAAUCCGUGCGUUUAUAAAUUGCCGAACGAUCAAUUGCUGUAAGUAAAUUCUUGAAAGUAUGGCGGUGCAUGUCAAUAUAAACAUUAGGUUGUAAUCAGAGCCAACUUGCCAAGACCACUGUCACCGUGAGUAAUUUGAUUAAUUCUUUCAACCAGGGUGUUCAUGUAGCAAAUUAAUCUUUGUACCUCUGAAUAAUUAAAAUCUGGCGACCAUUGGCGUCCUUGGUUUGCAAAGCAGAGCGACAAAAAUAAUUGAUCAAUUCUUUGGUUUGGCAAAGAUGCUCCAAAAUUUUGUUCUCCCGAGGCUCGUGAUUGUGCCAAGGGUGCCAUAGUCGGUCCAAAACCUUUUGUUCAAACUGAAAUGAAUAUGACUGAUUGAUUGGGAAAGGCUCUGAAAUUUCGGAUAGUGUAGGUGGGGCGAGAGACAACCUCUAAAACGCUGCACAUCAUCCCUCAUUCAGUUGACAACAGCCGAGAUGCGCCAAUUUGAGUCUACAAUGUCAGAUGAUGUUGGCUCGAAUGGACCUUGGCGAAUGCGCAAAGAUCCAUGAUUUGGCUCUCCGGGCUGACUAUGAGCAGGCUAACCAGUCGAAAGACUACUACUAUGAUAUAGACGCCACAGAACAUCUGCAGACUUUUAUAGCUGACUGCGACCGGAGGACUGAACUAGCCAAACAGCGUCUAGCUGAAACCCAAGAAGAACUUUCGGCAGAAGUUGCUGCAAAAGCUAACAAGGUGCACGAGUUGGCUGAGCAAAUUGGCAAGCAGCUUGCCAAGGCUGAGCAAAUGGGUGCUGAGGGUUUUGUGGAGGAGAGCAUGAAGUUGAUGGAAGAAGUUGAAGACUUGCGGAAGAAAAAGUUGUCUGCGGAGCAAGAGUACCGUAACUCCAUGCCAGCCUCGAGCUACCAGCAGCAGAAGCUGCGCGUGUGCGAGGUUUGCUCCGCGUACUUGGGCAUUCAUGACAAUGACCGCCGGCUGGCCGAUCACUUUGGUGGAAAGCUGCAUCUUGGAUUCAUCAAAAUCCGGGAAAAGCUGUCUGAGCUGCAGGCUACCAUGGAGGAGCGGCGUAAGAAGAAAAAAGAGGAGCGAGAUAGGGAACGUGAAGACCGAGAUGUGGACCACACUGGCCGUGGUCUGAGUCGAGACAGUGACCGUUCAUCGCGUUACUCUAAACGGUCGAGGAGCAGAGAAAGGUCAAGACGCAAAUCCCGAUCCCGUUCUCGCUCCAGGAGCCACGAAAAGAGGCGUAGGUCCAGAAGCCGAAGCCGCGAGAGGAAGCGCAGAUCUCGUUCCAGGGACAGGCGCCGCUCUAGAUCCAGUGAACGCCGCAGGAGAGACAAGGAUCGUCAUAAUGGCAAGCACUAGCAUCUUCCAUUUGAGAGAUUAUGUUUGCAUUUUGAUUUGCGUCCGUUUGUGUGAAUGGUAUAAAAUAUAUAAAUAGAUAAUGAAUUCUUUCAAAUUUCUGAACAAGUUGUGUUCCGCGAUGAGUCAUGUCAAAAUGCACACAUCAAGUUUUUCCUUAGUUGUAAUUUAAAUUGUAUCAUAAUCUAAAUAAAAAUACAGGCUCUAAAAUCAA